GAAAUAUUCUGUUCUGAAUGAUUACCAUAUUCAUGUACAAAGGUGAGUGAUAAUUAAGAAUAGAUUAGAUGGAUAUAUGUGUAUGUGUGCUUUGAAUGGAAGUAAAGUCAGAAUGGCAAGAUAUUGUUACCGAUAAAUGAGCAUUCAUGACAUGCACAUGUGCUAUGAAUAAAAAUAAGGGCAUUUGCAUUGUACAUGUGCUAAAAGUCAUGGCUUUGUCGAUUUCUCCCAGAGUAUUUACAUAAAAAGAGAAAUCAUAAACCUGAAUACUGUAAAACUCUUUAUUUCGCCGUCGUAGAACAGCCGCCACAUUCUGUGCGCAUGCGCAGUGAGAGCAGCGAGCGGCUCGGGCUUUUCUCUCGCGAGGAAGGACGCCAUUAUCGGAUCCUCACAAACAACACGAGAACUCCUCAUUCACACGGUUUGAAUGAUGGCAGAGCAAGAUUUGGUGGAGAUAGUCCAGAUCGCAGUGGCAGAUUUGAAUCAUGAAGAACACCAAACAGAUGUCCUGGAGAAUAAUGAAGACGCUGAUCAACCAGGCAGGAAACGAGCAAGGAUGGACAUUAGCCAAGAAACAUCUAUUAAGUCGAUGCUGGUGUCUAUCAGUCAGGCUAUCUGCCAGCGGCUGGACAGCAUGGAGGCCAAGCUGCAGGUGCUUGAGACCACCUGUCGAGGUUUAGUCGAGAAGCUGGACACAGUGAUGGGGAAAAACCAGUCGACGAUCCAGGUCCCCAUGGUGUCAGGCUCCCCGUUUGGAGCCACUCAGACUUGUGAUAAAGUACGCUGUGUUGUUCCUCAGACAAACGUUAUAGUGAGUGGAGACCGGCCGAAGACGCGGGAGGAAACUUCACCGCGCGCCUCAGACUCUUUAGAGAACCUGCUCAGCAAUACUGUUGGGCGAGGAAGGCAGAAGACGAUAGUGCUGAAGGUUCCCGUCCAGGAAGAGGUUCCGGAAGAUCAGGAAAGUGGCUCUGAAACGAGCGAUUCGGUGUCCAACAGCGGCCAGCCGUUAUCUCAGAAUACCAACAACGUAACGCUCAUCACUCUCAACUCAGAGGAGGACUAUCCGGCAGGAACGUGGCUGGGUGAUGAGAACAACCCUGAGAUGCGCGUGCGCUGUCCGGUAUCUCCAGCGGACAUGCUGCACAUCAGCACCAACUGUCGCACGGCAGAGAAACUGGCCCUGACGCUGCUGGACUACCUGUUCCACCGCGAGGUGCAGGCCGUCUCCAACCUCUCCGGACAGGGGAAGCACGGCAAGAAACAGCUGGACCCGCUCAUGAUCUACGGCAUCCGAUGUCACCUGUUCCACAAGUUCACCAUUACAGAGUCCGACUGGUACCGCAUCAAGCAGAGCAUCGACUCCAAGUGUCGCACCGCUUGGCGCCGGAAGCAGCGAGGACAGAGUUUGGCGGUUAAGAGUUUCUCACGACGAACCCCCGCCUCGCAGAGCAGCCCAGAUGGAGUCUCGGCCGCAGAGACGUCAGCUAUCGAGACCUCUACCCAGCAGGCCUUGCACUACGCGCUGGCUGGAGCCACACAACAAGUCCAGAUCCACCGUAUUGGAGAAGACGGGCAGGUGCAAGUUAUACCGCAGGGACACCUCCACAUUGCUCAGGUGCCACAGGGCGAACAGGUGCAGAUCACGCAGGACAGCGAGGGCAACCUACAGAUCCACCAAGUACAUGUUGGGCAAGAUGGCCAGGUAAAUGUUCUAAGAGGACCACAGCUCAUCGCAGUGGCGUCGACCGACGGGACGGGCGGGGUUGACGCAUCUCCUCUCCAGGGUAACGAUAUUCAGGUGCAAUACGUCCAGCUGGGAACGGUGACCGACCACACAGUACAAGCUGAAGCUCUGACUCCAGCGCUGCAGGCGGAGAUGGGUGUGAAGGAGGCCAUUCAGCUCCAGCAAGCCGAGAACGGAGAAGUGGUUCAGAUCCAGAUGCCAGGCACUUGAGCCACUCACGUGCAAACUUCUCACGUGUGCGUAAACAAAGAUAUUCGGCUAGAGCGUCAAGGAGAGGGAGAAACCGAGGAGUGUGGCCACUCAAACUCAAAUUCUCAACCAAAACCACCACCGUCAGUCAACAGUUAUUGACUAAAUCCAAGUAAAACAAAUGCAAUUUGUUGUAACAUGUCAGCUCGUAUGGAAACUACUGGCCGUCCCCCACCAAUAACAAUCACUGCGUCCCGUCUGCUUAGUAACGAAUAAGCAAUGCUGGCUUCAUCGCUGGUUCCUCCAACUUCUCUGACACUGAUCAAAACAGUAAAAAACAGAAGGCUUUUUCCUCUCCGGUCUAUCUGAAGUACCUCACAUGCAAAGAACAAGCAUGUUUAACUAAAGAUUCAAGCAGACAGUCAAGUUACUGGGCUUAAAUCGGUCACAAGUGUAAUUUUUAGUACAUGAGCGUCACACUUUGUAGGCUUUGCCUAUCUGAUAUUACAAAAAAGCAGCAGUGUAAAAUAUGCUUCAAUUCAUAAUCCAAGAUUUUUGUGUUUUGCUAUCCUUUUGUGAUUUUUGUGUGUGCGUGUGUGUUUGUAUCGGUGGAGAUCUGGGGGUUUAUUUCAGGGCCGCCCCGUCUUCGUUUAUCAGUAAUUAAUUUGUUUUCAUAAUGGUUAGUCUAAAUAUUUUUUGUUUCAUGUAACAUUAUUGUAUGGAAAAAAAACUACUGAACGUUUUGUGGAGAUUUUGUAGGGCAGUUUACUGAUACACAGGAAAAUAUGACAACAAUGAACUGUGUUAA